ACAAAGAGUGCUCUUCAUGAGAGUAUCUCUCCCUCCACAACUACUCUAAACUAACCGACCCAUUUUCCAUUCUCUUUUCUCGCCAUGUGCAAUCCCACCACCACGCCGUCGGCCAUCGCCUCCGCUGCCGUCGGUGAACACAAGCCCGCUGCCCAGAAGUCGCUGCAGCCGCAAACCCAUCUCUAUCUCGAUCUCCUAUCACUCACGACUAACCUCACCGACCAGCAGGGAAAGCCAGCCUCUACCCAGUUCCCGAACUACCCCCAGAUCGUCGACGAAACCAAGCAGCUUUUCAAGCUCGCUAUACCCAUAGCUUUGACGGCUCUGAUUCUGUACUCUCGCUCCAUUGUCUCGAUGCUCUUUCUGGGCCACCUCGGCGACUUGGAGCUCGCCGCCGGCUCUCUGGCCAUAGCAUUCGCCAACAUCACCGGCUACUCGGUUCUCUCCGGGCUAGCUCUGGGCAUGGAACCGCUCUGCUCGCAGGCAUUUGGCGCCCAGCGGCCCAAGCUUCUCUCUUUAACUCUCCAUCGCUCUGUUAUCUUUCUUCUCGUUUCCGCCAUACCCAUUUCGUUUCUCUGGAUUAACAUGGCCCGAAUCCUUCUGGUUCUUCAUCAGGACCCGAAAAUCACCGGCUUGGCUCACACGUAUCUUAUUUUCUCGAUCCCAGACCUGGUGACGAACUCUUUCGUCCAUCCAAUCCGCAUUUACCUUCGCGCUCAAGGGAUCACCCACCCGGUGACGCUAGCAUCUCUCGCCGGCACCGUCUUGCACUUGCCCAUCAACAUUCUGUUUGCAUCCCACCUCCGGCUCGGCGUGGCAGGGGUGGCCGCGGCGGCAGCAGCUUCGAACUUCGCCGUGCUGGUGGCGCUUGUUUCGUAUGUGUGGGCAUCGGGGUUGCACGUGCCAACGUGGACGGCGCCAAGCCGUGAGUGCUUGACCGGCUGGAUGCCGCUGGUCCGGUUGGCAGCGCCAAGCUGCGCUUCGGUGUGCCUGGAGUGGUGGUGGUACGAGAUCAUGAUCGUACUGUGUGGGCUCUUGGUGGAUCCCAGAGUCACGGUGGCAUCCAUGGGCGUUUUGAUUCAAACCACGUCGCUGAUAUACGUUUUCCCAUCAUCGCUAGGGUUCGCGGUUUCGACCCGGGUGGGUAACGAACUCGGGGCAAACCGACCCGAAAAGGCCAGGGUUUCGGCCGCCGUGUCUAUACUUUUAGCGGCUGUGAUGGGCUUAUUGGGGAUGGUUUUUGCAUCCGGGAUGAGAUGUAAGUGGGCUCGGAUGUUCACAAACGACGAAGAGAUCGUGCGGUUGACAUCUGCAGCCUUACCGAUCCUAGGGUUGUGCGAGCUCGGAAACUGCCCGCAAACUGUCGGAUGCGGCGUGGUCCGAGGCACAGCCCGCCCGAGAACGGCAGCAAAUGUGAACUUGGGAGCAUUUUAUCUUGUGGGCAUGCCGGUGGCAAUUGGGCUUGGGUUCUGGCUCGGGGUCGGGUUCUGUGGGCUUUGGCUUGGGCUUUUGUCGGCCCAGGUCUGUUGUGCUGGGCUGAUGUUGUAUGUGAUUGGGACAACAGACUGGAACAAUCAAGCCGAGAGAGCGCAGAUGCUAACCUGCACAGGACGAGCGGAUAACACAACGACAACGAUGCCCCUUGAUGAUAAUGAGAAAGAAAACGAGCCGUUGACAUGCAUUGCGGUGACUUCAUCAUGA